AUGGAUCAGAUACCAGCAAAGCACAUUCUGAAAUGCUGGACAAAGGAUGCAAGGGAUGUGUUGCCAGAUCAUCUUGCGCACCUUCAGAAAGAUAGGAUUAAUGUCAACUCUAUAACAUUCAAGCACUCGAAUUUAUACACUCAUGCACUUGAAGUUGUCCAUCUUGGUGAUGCCAACACAUCGACUUAUGAAUGUGCAAUGGAAAUGCUGAAGAAAGCAAUGGAUACGCUAACGCCCAUGGCCAGCGUCCGCAUCGGGAUGGGGCUUGAAGACAGAAUUCAUUCAGAUAAGGGAAAAGACAAGGAGCUGAUUCCAAUGCAUGCAACAGAAAGUCAUGAAGAGAGCAAUGCUGAAGGUAGUGUUGUUGAAAAUUUCAUCGGCUUAAAGCCUCCAGAACGAAAGCAUAAACCAGGAAGACCUACUACCAGCAGGGACAAGCCUCCAUAUGAUGAUCGAUGUGCAAAAAGCAAAAGAUUCAAGGACGCAACAAAUGGAAAAGCUCAUGAUGGUUCUGGCACAAGCAAACGUACUCGUUUCUGCAGUAUAUGCUGUGGAGCAGGGCACAAGAGUACCACAUGUUCGCAGAGGGGUGAUCUCCCUCGCAAAGACAGGAAAGAGGCCAAAUGUUCAAACUGCGGUGGUGGUGGACACAAGAAGAACAUCUGCAACAAACCUAAAGUAGUGAUGCAUGUUGUUGAAAAUGCAACUUUGGAGCAGAUUUCCAUCUAG